UGGAAAUGAAACAAUAUUAAUAAAAUAUUUUUAUUUUGGCUAUUACAUGUUAAUUAAAAUACUGCUAGGUAUAUAAACAGAUUUUUCCCUUCCAUAUUUCUGAAGACUUUCUAUGAAAAGGAGGAGUUGAAGUCAUAAAUAUUUGUCCAAUAGAUUCUGGUUCCCCAGAGGAGCUCUGCGGGGACCCUCCCGUCUUAGGUGGUGCAGGACGCGAAGGUGACUGGUGGUGUGUGUCCAGGGUUUUUGCUGUCUGCUCAGCUAGGUUCUGAAACAAGUCUCCAAACAACGCCAUUUUUUCUCCACUUUGACAGAAUAGUAUGUUGGCUGUUCACUCUGCCUUGUGACAUCAUGAUAAGGAUAAAACAAGAUGAUAGAGUUUUGCAAGCUUAAAAGCUCUAGAUAUAAAAAUUAGGUAAUUGGUCACUAUAGGAAAAAAAAAAGAUUGAAGAGAACAUUGCUAAAAUAAUGUAACUUGCUUUGCUGUGAAUCUAAAGUCCUUUUGUUUCUCUGUGUUUGAAAAUGCUUGCGGGGAGGGGUUUAGUGCAGUGGGGAAGGCAUUGCUUAGGAUGAAUGUGCCACAUAGUCCGCUCUGCCUUUCGAGUCCAGCUGUUUCCAGUUUCAGCGUUCUGCCGAUGCCCGCCUUGGGGACGCAGCAGUUCAGUAGGAGGAUCCCUGGCAGCCUGUGGGAGUCUCACGCUGGGUUCUGGGUCCUGCCGGUGGCCUGGCUCAGCCCAGCGGAAGCUUGCUUCGGGAGCGAAGCAGCACGAUGCUCUCUGUGCGGCCCUCUCGCCCACACCCUGGUUUCACUCUUUCCUGUCCCCCAUCCCUUUCACACUGUGUCUUUUCAGUCACUCUCCCCUUUCAAAUAAAAUGAAAUGAGUAUAUAAUUUAAAUAUAGCGAUUUUUGCCUUGUCAGGUAGAUCUACUCAUUGCCAAAGAGGUGCCUUAAGCUAACAGUACAUUUGUCAGUUGAAGAAUAUGGUGUUUCUUUUUCAGAUUUAUAGUAUAUGAUUGGUUUAAUCAACUCUAGAGUGAUCUCAUAAAAUCUUGCUUCAGGCUCAUUGCUGUGGUGUCACAGGUAAAGCUGCCACCUGUGACAGUGGCAUCCCGUGUGGAUGUUGAUUGCUGUCCUGGCAGAUCUGCUUCCAAUGCAGCUUUCUGCUAAUCGCCUGGGAAAAAGCGUGGGUAGACGGCUCAAGUCAUUUGGCCUCUGCCAUUUACAUGGGAGACUUGGAUGAAACUCCUGGCAGAUGGAAGAUCUCUUUAUCCCUCUCUUUCCCUGUGACUUUCAAAUAAAUUAGUCAAGGUUUUAAAAAACAAAAAUCUUAUUUCAGACCUAAUCUGGGAGCCUCCACUGACUGCAGCCUGUGAGGUCCUUAGGCAGCGUGGCCUGGCAGAGAACAUAUGAAAGACAGAGCUCUCAGAAGCUGUGUUUUCUGUGACGAGGCGUUUGUGCUCAGUUGCUCCAAUGACAGAGUUGCCUGCACCCUUGUCCUACUUCCAGAAUGCACAGAUGUCUGAAGACAACCACCUGAGCAGUGCUGUCCGUAGUCAGAAUGAAAACAGAGAACGGCCAGAGCACAGUGACAGGAGCAGAGUGGGUAACCCAGAGCCUUUAUCCAAUGGCCGACCCCAGGGCAGCUCGCGGCAGGUGGUGGAGCAAGACGAGGAAGAAGAUGAGGAGCUGACACUGAAAUAUGGCGCCAAACAUGUCAUCAUGCUCUUUGUCCCUGUGACCCUCUGCAUGGUGGUGGUUGUGGCUACUAUCAAAUCAGUCAGCUUUUACACACGAAAAGAUGGGCAGCUGAUCUAUACCCCAUUCACAGAGGACACCGAGACGGUGGGCCAGAGAGCCCUACACUCGAUUCUGAAUGCCGCCAUCAUGAUCAGUGUCAUUGUCAUCAUGACUAUCCUCCUGGUUGUUCUGUACAAAUACAGGUGCUAUAAGGUUAUCCACGGCUGGCUUAUUGUUUCAUCUUUAUUAUUGCUGUUCUUUUUUUCAUUCAUUUAUUUGGGGGAAGUGUUUAAAACCUAUAAUGUUGCUGUGGACUACAUUACUGUUGCACUGUUGAUCUGGAAUUUCGGUGUGGUGGGCAUGAUUUGCAUUCACUGGAAAGGCCCACUCCGGCUCCAGCAGGCGUAUCUCAUCAUGAUCAGUGCCCUCAUGGCUCUGGUGUUCAUCAAGUACCUCCCUGAGUGGACCGCCUGGCUCAUUCUGGCUGUGAUCUCAGUAUACGAUUUAGUGGCUGUUUUGUGUCCAAAAGGUCCACUACGCAUGCUGGUUGAAACAGCUCAGGAGAGAAAUGAAACUCUCUUUCCAGCUCUCAUUUACUCAUCAACGAUGAUGUGGCUGGUGAAUAUGGCAGAAGGAGACCCGGAAGCCCAAAGGAAGGUGUCCAAAAACGCCAAGUACGGUGCACAAAAAUCAGAGUCACCCCAAGACCCUGUUCCGGGGAGUGAUGAUGGUGGCUUCAGCGAGGAGUGGGAAGCCCAGAGGGACAGCCACCUAGGGCCUCAUCGCUCUACUCCUGAGUCACGGGCUGCUGUCCAGGAGCUUUCCAGCAGCAUCCUAGCCAGUGAAGACCCAGAGGAAAGGGGAGUAAAGCUUGGACUAGGAGAUUUCAUUUUCUACAGUGUUUUGGUUGGUAAAGCCUCAGCAACAGCCAGCGGUGACUGGAACACAACCAUAGCCUGUUUUGUAGCCAUAUUAAUUGGUUUGUGCCUUACAUUACUACUACUCGCCAUUUUCAAGAAGGCGUUGCCAGCCCUUCCCAUCUCGAUCACGUUUGGGCUUGUUUUCUACUUUGCCACUGAUUACCUUGUGCAGCCCUUCAUGGACCAGUUAGCAUUCCAUCAAUUUUAUAUCUAGCACACACUCAACUCGAAUCCCAAAUGGAUAUCUCUGCUUGACUUACAAUAAAUUCUGGACAGGACAAUGGCAAGUCUCCCAUGUCCACACCUAACCAAGUCAAGAUUCCUGGCUGAACUUUUGCAACUUCCUUCCAAGCUUACCUGGCCGCCUGCACUAUCGGACGUUGGAAGGAGGUGGCAACAGAAAACGGUUCUGAACUCCAUUACAAUGGACUGUGUCCCGUGUUGUGAAAACUCCUGGGUUUGGGAGAAAAGAACGGGUGAGCCAGGAAGUUGUCGUGCUCCCUGAGCAGCGCGGCCCUUGAGCCUGAGGGGUUACCAGCACUGCGCACUCUCAGGACUCCCGUUACUGAGAGGCCCAAGGAAGGGGAUUUAAACCAGAGCUUCUCACCUGAAACUACAUGCAGAACAUCAACCCACUGAGUGUGUACUGACCUACUGAGGAGAGCAGGCAUCAGCGGCCAGACAGGAAGUGGACAGGAACUCUGGCUUUCACUUGGAGGCAUUUUUUGCUACUGACUUACCAUUUUUAACCAAGACUUGUUUUGAAGCCACCACCAUCCUUGGUUGCCAUUUCUUUGUUCUCAGCUGAUGUGAGGUUGUCCAACUGUGUAACCUCAGAUUCCACAGAGUUAGUAGUUUGUGGAAAUAAGGCAAGUGGUGUUCAACAGUUGCCCAUCAACCCUAAGUAAAAUCGGAAUUUUCUAACAAAUUCAAGUUGCUUAGACUUCUAAGUCCAGUCUCCCGGAUGCGGCCCCAUCUCUGUCUUUUCCCCCUUGCUCCUUCCCUCCCCAUGGCCCCCAGGCAUUUUCCUUUGACAGAGAAUAAGGUAGGUGACCCACCAGUAGAGGAUUCUACUCAUUGUGUUCAGGAGUCUGUGCCAUCAGCCUUGCUGUCACAACCUCCUCAAUGGCAGAGAUGUGUGCUCAAAGACAGUAGAAUUAAAGAAGAGUAAAAUGGCUGGUAAAGCACUUUCUGUUCCAGUUUUUUCUUUCUUUCUUAACUACUUUAGAGCAGAAUUUUAUCUAAGUGCCAGUAGCUGGUGGUGUAUUCAUUUAUGAGUCAGUUAUAUCGCUACAAAACAAGAUAGGGAGAAGGUGUGGGAUACCCUGCGUCAGGAGGCCGCAGCCGAGGUAAGAAGGUGAGCUAAUGGCCGGGGGUGGCUGAGAGCCUCCGGGUGGGUGCCUCACGACCUCUAGUCUGAGGUUACAGUGUGAUGUGCAGCUUUUACCUCAGACAACCCAGACUGCCUUUGUUGCUUUUCCUUGCCUAGCCUGUUGUGUGAUCCUGGUGAGGGUUCUCUGUGGGGUUCAGCUUGGCUUUCUGUCACAGGACCUUUUAUAAGAAAUGGGCUCUAGGAACAGGGUCAGUACUGGCCUCAGUAUACACACCUGUGGCCUAGGUGGGACAGUUAGGGAGAACCAGAAAAACCAGCACCACUAAGGAGGAAUGGGGCUUGGAGCGGCGGUGGGUUCUGUCCUCUCGGUUCCCUUUUUCUGGAGCCCUUUCUCAUGGAUGAUUCCUCUAGAAAGGCCAGCUUCAAGAAACCACCUGAGCUCUGGUUUGUUGUGCAUUCCCAAAGGAGCCCCAGAGUAUGGAUAUACUCAAGGCUUGUGUCACUCAUGACACUUCCCCUAGAAGAGGGCAUGUGAUGAUGUGUGUCUGUGUGUGUUACUGGCCUGUGUCUAAGAUGGUGUAAUUCUCACUGCAACUUUGUACCGCAUGCAAGUCCCACUUUGAGACAAUAUAUCCAGAAUCCAUCUUUCUUCUCCACUCUUCAGAAGGCUUCAGAUAUUCUGAAAUAUCAAGCUGCCGUCCAUCCGUCCAUCCACCGUGAAGAACAGUGUCACUGGAGUGUCACUGACCACAGGGCCAGGAACGACCCCAGAUAAAGACUGAGCAGCUUAGCCCACCUGCCUCAUGAGAAGAUGGGAGGUGAUAGUGGAGCAGCUGCCUAGCGUCUGGGACAGACAGGCCUACAGAAUCAAGGGCAGCUGCAGGAGCUUCAGCGUGUUCGUGGGAUUGGGUACCAUGCAUGCACUUCAAAGAUUGGGGACACAUAACUUCCAUGAAGUUUUUGAAGUCCUUUUGUACAGAAGGUUGCUGCAGCAUCCACAGGAAUAAAAUCAUUACUUGGAAAACGUGGGAUUUUUCCAGAGAGGAAGUGUUCACCUUCCUGUUUUUGCUUCGCACUGGAUUAGUACGUGAUCCCUGGGUCAUGGUUCUCACUAAAUGAUGACAUUUCUCAAGUAUAGAGAAGUUUUCUGAGGAGCCUUGGAGAAGACAUUGAAGCAAGCUAUUGGUUGAUUUCAUUGCAGAAGAAAUGAAAACAGUGUUUUUACUUUUAUACUCCCAAAAUGCCAUCUUUUAUAGUCUCUGAUUAAACACACACACACACACCCUCUUUUCUGUAAAAAUUACCAUGUUCAGUCUUGAGUUUUACUUGGCCUCAGAUGACAUGUCUUCCACAACCAGGCUUCUAACGGGCUUCCUGCUUGUGCCCCUCAGAGCCGGGCUUUGCUGACUUCACGAUUCUUGAUCCAACCAUGGACACCAAAGAACUCAGAUACUACUCUGAGAGGAUGUUCCUGCUGUCUUCCAUGUGUUUGGCAUAGUGCUGCACUCCAGGGCCACAGAGAUAAGUAAGAUACACCCAUAGAAACACAACGCAGGGUGUCUCUGGUUUUCUGGUAUAUGGUUUUGUUUUUUUUUUUUUUCAUUAAAAAAAAAUGUAUUUGAGAGACAGGGCUCCCAUCUGCUGGCUCACUUUCCAAAUAGCCACAAUGGUUGGAGCUGGCUGGGGCUGGAGCAAAUUGCCAGAAACCCAAACCAGGUCUCACGUGAGUGGUGGGGUCCCAAUUACGUGAGCCAUCACUUGCUGCCUCCCAGCACUGGCAGGAAGCUGGAGAAAGAGGCCAGAGCCAGGAGUUGAACCCAGGCUGUUGGAGGUGGGAUGUGAGCCACCUAACCACUAGGCCAAAACCUGCUUCUGAUUUAUGACAGCUUUGGGCAUUUGUCAGUCAUCACUGUGACGAUUACGGUACCAAGGACUUGAUUGCCUCCACAGUCAGUCCCUUCAGAGAAGCACUCACUCCCUUUCCUCAGCAUUUGCUUUGCGUAGUCCCUGUAAAACUGUCUGACCCUCUGUCCUCACCAGUGUUCCGACUGCUGAGUUGGGGAAAAGACUUGGAAAUUGUUUGGUUUUGCUCUUGGGAUGCACAUAGUAUCAUAUCAUAAGUUUAAGCCUAGAAGUGAUCCUUGUGAUCCCACCCCUUUAAAUUCCUGACACAGGUUAAAAUGCAGGUUCCAGCUCUUGCCCGUGCUUGUUGAAGCUGCUGACCAGACCAACAAGUUCUCCGGCUAAGGAUGAGGUAUUGGCCACAAGUCAGCGUCUGAACUUCCCUCUCCCUUAGCAAAGAGCUCAGAUUGGCCAAGGAAAGCUGAUUGUGUGGACAAGUGCCACACAAUGGCUGUUCGGCAGGUUAGGAUGCCUGCGUCCCAUGUCUGAGUGCCUGAGUUCAACUCCUGGUUCUGCUCCUGACUCCAGCCUCCUGUCAGUGUACACACUGGGGGGGGGGGGGGGGGCAGCAGUGCCGGCUGAGACUCCUGGGUUGCUGCUACCCACGGGGGAGGCCUGGAUGCGGUGCCUGGCUUCAGCACGCCUGGCCGUGAUGGACACCUAGGGAGUCAGCCAGCAGAUGAGAGAGCUUUCUGAGUCUUCUCUGCCUUUUAAAUAAAUAAAUAGAUAAUUUUCACUCCAAGCACAGAAGUACUCUGGUGCUGAAAUGAAGCCCUUUCUUGAAUGUCAGUGCCGUUUUUCUGGAGUCAUGGGCACCAAGGUUCCUCUUACCAGACACUGUGGCCUCCCUAGGCCUAGGAAUGUGUUGUAAUUAUUGAAAGGUGGCACCCUCAAAAUCACUGACCUGAGAGAGGGGUCUUCCUCGGGCCUGCCGGGAGGAGGGCCGCUAUCAUGCAUUUCCUGUCUGCCGCCUUCUGUGAGCACUGCUCUGUACACAAUUCAGACUGUGAAGUGAGGCUUUUUUAUAUAAAUACCUUUUGAAUCCCUGGUAACAUUUUGACAGAUGAUUGCACAUUUUCCUGUAUUUCCUUGUAAUAAAGACUGCAUGAAUU